AUGGCAUACCAAAUCAAAGAGAUUAGGGAAAGAUUGGAUAAGAUAGCAGCCGACGGGACCAAGUUUGGUCUUGCAAAUAUUGAUGUUGGUCCUCAACUUGUUAUACAAAGGAGAGAAUUGACUCAUUCCCAUGUUGACACUUCAAGUGUAAUUGUGAUUUGUGGAGCAUAUGUGCUUAAAAAGAGGAAAAGGGAGCAAAAUGGUGAAGAAAAGAACAAAAAUACAAGAUUCUGGUGUGUGGCGUUCGCCAUGGCCCAAAUGGCGUCCGCCAUCACACUAGCCACGUCACCAGAGCCCACUAAAGCUCAUGGAGUUAGCCAUGAGCAUAAUAGCAUCCACCAUUUGACCCCAAUCUAUUGUGGUUGUACCAGAGUUAGUCGAAAACGGAACUCGAAGGGGUCAGAAGGAAUUGGCGUGAGCCACAAAAAAAUAAUUGACGAGAAACAAUCCGCGGCUAAUUCGUGA